AUCUGACCCACUUAUAACUGGGAUUGGUCACGGGUUAAAAUGGGGCUCCAACCCAUUGAAUUGCUGUCAAUGUUCUCUUUUCUUAGCUCUCCAUUGAAGCGCACUUGACAAUCUCCAUACUUGUAUCCCCCAUUGAAGCAGCUUUCUGAGAACCCUUUAAUGUUAGGAUUGAACUAUGAAAUUAGACCUUUUCACCCUCCUGCCAUGGCUCAGAGACGAACAAGGAGCUUUAUACCCUCGAUUACAAUGGAUAGGAUUGGUAGAGGUGGGUAUGGUUUUGUAAUUUCAUUGGGGAAAUGUAAGAGGAAGUCCCUCUCUAUUUGUUGUUCAGCUCCUAAGCUGGUACGAGAUCGUUCAUUAGAUAGGCAUGUGAUUAAGCAAAAUCGAAUUCGAUUUGUGCAGAAGCUUAGGAAUUUGCUUCUUUUGAAGCCUAAACACUACAUGUCUAUCCGCGUUCUCUCCAAAUGCCGUUCCUACUUAUCUCUAUCAAAGCCUCGGUCUAUUCUCUCUAUGAUCGAACGUUAUCCUACCCUCUUUGAGCUUUUCUAUGUGCCAUAUCCGCCUACUCCCCUUAAUGCAACGAAAACAAACUCCCAACUGUGUGUGCGUUUAACCCCAGCUGCUGAAUCGCUUUCUUUGCGAGAAGCCCAUCUUAAGUCUACUGCUUCUGUUUUGAUGGCCAACAAGCUUCAAAAGCUUCUCAUGCUCUCUCCUCAUAGGAGACUUGUUUUGUCAAAGCUUGCACAUAUGGGGCCUGAUCUUGGUCUGCCACCCAAUUUUAGGUCCCGUCUUUGCAAUGAGAAUCCUGGAAAAUUCAAGAUUGUUACUACAUCCUAUGGUAAUGCUCUUGAACUUGUGUCUUGGGACCCAAAUUUAGCGGAACCGUUGCCAAAGUUUAGAAAUCACUCACCUGAGCUAAUUGUGGAUAGGCCUUUGAAAUUUAAGCUAGUAAAAUUAAGAAAAGGCUUAACUGUGAAGAGACGCCAUCAUGAUUUUUUGAUUAGAUUCGGAGAAUUGCCUGAUAUAUGUCCCUAUAAGACUUCAUUUGAAGAAUUUCAUAAAAGUUCUUUAGAAGCAGAAAAGAGGGCUUGCAAUGUAGUGAGGGAAAUUUUGGGGAUGACAGUUGAAAAGAGGACGUUGAUAGACCAUUUGACACAUUUCAGAAAGGAUUUUGGGCUACCCAACAAGUUAAGGGCUAUGUUGGUUCGGCAUCCAGAACUGUUUUAUGUAAGUUUGAAGGGCCAGAGGGACACCGUGUUCUUGGUUGAGGCAUAUGAUGAUAAUGGUGAACUCAUCCAAAAGGAUGAAGGUCUCCUUAUCAAAAAUCAUUUGUUUGAGCUGGUCAGGCAUGGCAAGAGAAUAAGGCGAGAAAUGAAAUUGGCCUUAGCUAAUGAUGACACUCUCAUUAAAGAUCAUCCUGUUAAAGUUGUUCAUCAGGAGCUGGAACCUUUUGAUGAUGUUACUGAAGAUGAUGGAUUUGAGGAUCUAUUUGACGGGAAUGAUUCAGAAUUUGAAAUUUACGAGGAAGACAGUGAUGAAGAGUAUGAUCAACCGGUGGAUGUCAAUGCAGAGCAGCAAUUCUGGAGGCCUGAGGGUCAUAGGGAAGACAGUGAUACUUCUGAACGCUGGUAGUAUUGAAUAUUGACACUGUAAAAAGUUUAUAUUUAGGUUCUCUCUGGAAAGAAAUGGAGUGAAAAUAUGAAGUAAUGUAAGUUUUCCUGUCACCAUCAUUUUCUGUAUUCAUGUAAUUUUCUGUAUAUAGUGUUUUUAUUACUUAUUCUGGUCUGGUGAUUCGGGUUAAUAUUUAUUUUCCUUUUGUUUUUCUUGCUUUUCCCUUUUUCUAAUUUGGGAAUGGGGAAAGUUGCAAAUGUUGUAUUUGGCACAAAUUGUACGCGAUAUAUGCUUGCAACCCAGUAUUCGAGUUUGGAUUUUACUGAGGUGGCUCAUUCUUGUUGUGUUUCUCUAGUUAUUACAUUUUUCUAUCAGCCUAAGGUAAAAACAUGUUGCUUGUAUGCAAUCUCUUCGGGCACUUUACUUUUUAUCAUGCAAAGGGCUGAAGAAUGAACUCCAAAAGUGCUCAUCUUAUAAAGUAAUUGGCAGUUUCUGCAAGUAUUUUAUUCCAGACUUACUCUUAUUGGUACGCCUUUUCUUCUUUUCAUUUACGGAACAUAAAACCUUAAUUUAUGUUAUCUUGCAUGGACAUGUGCUUCGAAUAAUUUACAUCUCUUGUUUCCAGCUAUAACACUUUCUUUAUGCUGUAACUCAAAAUUUCAGAAGUCCUGGAUCCUAAACUCUGUACUAUAGGGCUUUACUUAGCAUAUUGUUUUAUAUUAUGGCCUUUUCCAUGAACUAUUAAGCAUCAAUGUUUGAGUACCGUAAUAUUUUCUUAGGUGAUGACAUUGGGACAAUAACACAUUGAUAUUGUGAUGCACAUAACUGUAUCAGGAAACUUAUAAGCAAUACUGUAAACAAUAUUCUGAACUUCUAAACAAUAUCUGCUGUAGAUAUUGUACAAACAGGUCUAUUUUUGGAGCAUUAUGGAUGGUCCCUUCUAUCUUUGGAGGGUUCCAUAGUUUUUGCUCCAACAUCAACUGUGGCUUCUGAUGACCGCGCACUAUUAGAACUACUGUGUGGACAGAUACGGGUCAAAUAUUUACCUCUUAGGUCAUUCAAGACUCUAACCAGAUUCUUUUUAACCCUCCCUUUUUCUGAUAACCUGCCUCUUGCAUUUACUUCAUCUUGCUGGUUCUGAACUGCUUAUUAGUGCAAUAUUACAGAGGUAUUCAGUAUUUAUGUAAGCUUGAUGCUUCCUAGUCUUCAUUAGGCAAAGCUCUUGGACAUUAAAUAGUCUUUUGUCUCUGUUUUCAAUUUUCCUUUCUUUAAUGUAUUUCAUUCAAUAACUUAAGGUACGUUCUAAAAUGCUACACCAUUAUAUGGUGACAUGGGAAGCUCUACUCUUAAGAUAUUUUGUUUGAUCUUAAAUACCAUAGCAAUCUGUUGGGCAUCCGACUUGUGUUUGGCAAUUUCUCUUGUUCAUGCUUCCUUAAAUAGCAUCAUAAAUUGUUGGUUUCAGUCAAGUUAUUCAUCCACCCCUCCACCUCCUUACAUGCUGUCAUUUCCUUUUUCUUUACUUCAUCCCAGGUCUACUUUUUUUGUUAGGGAUGAUGCAGUGUUGUUUAACCAUUUUACUUUGAAAAAAAAAAAUUUGCGUUUCAGUUCUGUCUUGCAUGCUUGCUAGUGAGUGUAAAUGCUAAUUUUGGCCUCUUAAGGGCAUCACUAACAGUGCUUGCAGUUUGCAAGUCCCUUGCUGGUUGCUUCAUUGCUCAAGUGCACACUACAUCAGGUAAAUUAUAAGGGAAAGUAUGCAAAGUAUCUAUGAUCCCUUUAGGCUGGAGUUUGUGGCAGUAUAAUCGUGAUGCAUCAAAGAUAGCAACAAGCCAGCAAUUGCAGGAUUUACACUAUUUUGCAGCAAGGAGCAUUUCAAGAUCCGAGAAGUUCUUUAUAAGCAAUUUACAAAUGGCUUGACCUUUGUAAUUCUGCAUCAGUUACAUCGUACAUUCUCUAGAACUACACUGCAAUUUACAAAUGACUUGCAGUACAACUCUUAAGAUUUUCGGUUGAUCUGCCAUGGCAAUUUGUCUUGUGUUAGCUGUUUCUCAUGUCCAUGCUGUCUUAAAUUAUUGUAUUAUGAAUUGCUGGUUUCUGUCAAGUUUCCGUUGUCUCCCCGUCUUACCCUUAUCCCCUGCCUCUCUUCUGUGGUGCAUUAUUAAUAUCUAAGAAUUCGAAGAAGAUCUCGUCCUGUGGUAGUUGGGGUGCAAUUUUUCCAUUGUUGUGUAUGAUUAGACUAUCUUGUACACAAUUAUUCUGAUAGAGUUAUUGUAAUAUAUUGGCGGGAGAAGCACCAAGUUCUCUUCUUUUUGUUCUCCUCUUGUAAAAGGAGACUAGUUAUGAUAGGAGGAGUACUUUUAGUUUGGUGAACAAGUCUCGUGAUUGCUAAGUCUCAAAAGUUUACAAGGCUGAUUUACAUCAUAUUUGUCUUAAGUUGUGUAUAAAUUUUAACACGCUUUGGCAUACAUCUUCUACAUUAUGUUGUUUAUGAGACAUUGUUGCUAGUUUUGUGUGGAAAUAAAUGUUUCUUGGUUGAUUAAUCAGGCUCUAAAAGGAAGGAUGAGAGAGAAGGUAUAACUGGCGACCAAGUUUGGGUUAAUAUAAGUUGAUGGUAAGAUAGAGGUGCGAGGUGAUCCUGCCCAUGUGAGGGCUGCUUGUGAGGCUAGCUUGAAGAGAAUUGAUGUUGAUUGCAUAGACUUGUUUUAUCAGCAUUGUGUUGAUACCCGUGUUCCGAUUGAAUCACGAACUGAAAAAGGACAAUACAAAUGUUUAUUGGGAUCUUCCACGAUGAAUCUUAGUGGUUCUUGCUUUUGGUUUCAUGUUUCAAUUGAACACCAAAACAUUCUGCUCUCUGACGUUUAAUGUAAAUCAUACAUAUUUGUUAAUACCGUGCUGCCCUUGCAUGCUGCUGCUGCUCCUAUCCAUGAUUCUUCUGUCCAUCAUCCAGAUAGGCAAACUAAAAAAAACUAGUUGAAGAGGGAAAAAUAAAGUACAUUGGUCUAUCAGAAGCAUGUGUUGCAACAAUCAGGAGAGCUCAUGCUGUUCACCCCAUAACAGCGGUGCAGAUGGAGUGGUCUUUGUGGACACGAGAUUAGGAGGAAGAAAUUGUGCCUACCUGCAGAGAACUUGGCAUCGAAAUAGUAGCAUAUAGCCCUUUAGGUCGUGGAUUCUUUUCGUUGGGACCCAAGGUGGUCGAAAUUUUCUGUGAAGGUGACUACCGAAAGAACAUACCAAGGCUCUUGCCUGAAAACCUUUAGCUUAACAAACAUGUUUUGAACGGGUUAGUGAAAUGGCUGCGAGGAAAGGGUGCACUGCAUCGCAGCUCGCUCUUGCCUGGGUUCAUCAUCAAGGGGACGAUGUCUGUCCUAUUCCGGGAACAAAGCAAGAUCAAUAAUCUGAACCAAAGUAUUGAGGCCUUGUACACUUGAUGAAAUGGCUGAACUCGAGUCGUAUUCUUCUGCUGAUAAUGUGAAGGGUGAUAAAACCUGGACCAAAACCUUUUCUUGGAUGGAUCAUGGAUUCAGAUACCCCUCCUUUAUCUUCAUAUCAUAGAACAAUCUAUUGCAGAAAUAUGUUGUAUUCUUGAUUCAUAGGUGAUAGGUACAAAAGUUAAAAUAAUUUGUUGUUUGUUUUUUAAAUUUCUUACCCAUCACUUUAUUGUUUUGGGGACAACUUUAUUGUUCGAUUGCAAACUUCAGCAUUUUCGAAUGAGCUUUAACUCUAUAAUCUAA